AUGGUGUACAAUAUUUUCGACGGUCUGCUGGAGUUUGACUUUAACAACGGAGGUUGCCGCAUGGUGGAGGAUCCACAACAAGCUGUGUUUGAGUCGGUGAUAAGAAAAGUGUUCGAAGAGCAACGUACUCGAUUGGACGACAUGUCAGCGGACCAAAGCCAUCUGAACAAGGCCGUGGGUGCACCAGUCGCGAAAACGGGACCAGCUAAGAAGAAGGAUCAACUAAAGAAGAUGGUACCAUUGCCACUGGUUAUGCCGGUCAAAAAACGCCGAGAUUCGAUUGACUCUGGCCUUUCUGGAUGCUCCAAGAGUACCAGUCCGACCAUGUUUGCUCCUGGAAAUUUUGGUGCUAUUGGGACUUCGCAGUGUAACUUUGGGUCAAUUGGUGCAUGUAUGGACAAAUUUGGAUCUAAUGGUACGUUUUGCUUAGUUUUGUAAGCUUUAAUAUUUUCUGGCCAUUUUGAGAAAUUUUAAAGCAUUGGUACAUUUUCAGACAAAUUUGGUACUUCUCCAGCUAAUUUUGGUUCGAUUGGUGCAUCUUUAAGCAACCUUUGUUCAAAUUCCAACUUUGGGUCAAUUGGUACUUCCCUAGACAAAUUUGCGUCAAAUGGUAUGUUUUUCGUUGAAUUUUUUACAUUUUUAGGUACGUUUUUAAAGACUUUGAAGCCUGGUGGAUUUAAACGCUAUUUUAGAGUCAACACAACAAGAAACAUGUCCAUCUCACUUCCGGACUUCUCCAGUUUUUGGCACUUCCGUUACUCAUAUGGUGCAAUCCUCAACUUGCUCGUCGUCGACCUCAUCAACCAGGGCCUCAAGUCCAUAUGGUACGGCACCAACCCCUCUAGCCACAAUCCGACCAAUCCCUCUGGUACAACCAAAAAACCAUCGAAAACCUUUGGAGCUUUUGAGUGCCGAAGAGAAGUGCCUGAGGGAACAACGGCUGCAAGUCAAGGCGAGGACGUCGAUGUGUCACGAUUUUACGACCAAAGGCGAAUGCCGAUAUGGAAAUAACUGUCGAUUUGCGCACGACAAGGCCGAGUUGAGACCAAUUGAGGUGGGUUUGGUGUUUUUACUGUAGAGGAAGGGGUUUAAAAUGGUUUAUUUACUAUUUUUCUCGAAAAUAUAUUGAACUUGGCCCCAUUGUGAAGUUUUUAAAAAAAAAAUUUUUUGAAAAAUGCAAGUGUAGCUCUACUACGAUUACAUUUACGAACAUUGCAAACUUAUUUUUAAUUUUCAGACCCACCCGAAAUACAAGACCAAGAUCUGUCGGAAUUUUGUUAACCAUGGCCAUUGUGCGUAUGGAUGGAAAUGUCAAUUUAAACACGAUCCAUUAUAA